AUGAUUACUUGCUGUGAAAUUGCUUUGGCUUCGGUGGUGGCAAAUGUCUUCUGUUUAGCGAUUGUGCGGAACUACUAUGUGAAAAUGAAAGGUUUAACUAUUGAAUUGAAAAAAAAGAACGGACAUGAACAGCAUCAGAUUGAUGAACUGAAAAAAGAAGUUCAGCAACUAAAAGCCGCACUAAUCUAUCUCUAUUACCAAAAUAGAAAACAAAAUACCCUAACUAACUUCACUAAUUCUGCUUCCUCGCAAGAAAUAAAUGAAGUUAAAAAGGUAAAUCAAAUCUUUGCUGAUUUCUGCCGAAAUGAAAUUGGUGGUCAAGACAUCAAUGAAAUUCGUACUAAACUUAAUGGUCGCACUUUAACGGAAAUUCUGGAAGAGAAUGAAGAUUACGAAACUACCGUAGAUGGACUAAAAAGAACCAAAGGAGAAUUAGAAGCCGAAAUCACCCUCUUAACUAAUUCCCGCAAAAAUCAAGUUCAAGAAAAAGAACGGAUUAUUACUCGUUUAAAAGAAGAAAAAAAAUCUUGCGAGACUAAAUAUAAGAAAAAAGCUCAGUUAUUAGAUACCGAGCAAUUAGAAAAUAAUAAACUAACUGAGCAAAUUACUAGUUUAGAAACUAAAAUCACUGAAUUACAAACCGAAAGUAAGCAAGAGCAACAAGAAUAUCAUCACCAGUUAAGGCAAAUUAACCUCCUGUUUGAUGCUAAAGCCCAAGAUUAUCAACAAUUGCAACAGGAAAUUCUAACUGAGGUCAAACCCGGAGUUAAACCUUCUGAUCUGAAAAAGAAACUUAAACGCUCUAAGUCCGCUAAUGAUAUUCCCACUGCUCCUCCUUUACCCUUAAUCAAUGACCAGUUAAAAGAAAAACAGCAAGAAGUUGAAAAUCUAAGAAGUAAAUUAGCCCAAAAAAACACUGAACUAACCGAAACUAAAGAACAAUUAGAUAAUUCUUUAUUGGCCCGAAUAGAAGCAGUCAAGCAAUUUGGUCUAAUCUAUGAUAAAUUGCAACUAAUUAGCAAAGAAUUAGAUGAUACAGUAGAGCAAGCUAGUGAUGAAUUAGUAAAAGGUGAUGAAAAAACUAGUCAAUUAAGAACUAAACUCUGGACUGCUCAGCAACAAAUAGUUAGUUUACAAAGAGAUUUAAACUUAGCCCAACGAGUAAGUGAAUUAAGGAACAAUAAUUCUUUUCCCACCAAGGAAACUAACGGAGGAGAAACUUAUGGACUAAUCAUUUUACUAGCGGGAACUUAUCUGCUUAGUGCUUGA